AUGUCUUUUAAUCAAGAAAACGAGUUCGAUUUCUCCUUGGAUAUCGAUCCAGAUGAAAUCUUGGGUUUGAAAGAUCACCCUACUCCAACUCAACCAACUAUUGAUCCACCAUCUGUUAAACAACAAAAACCAUUGCCUUCGUUGAAUGAUUUACCUAAACUAAGCUCCACUUUCAAAUCUAACAGAGUAGAAUGGGGACCAAACAUGAAGAAACCUGCGCCAAUCACUACUCCUACAACCUCUUUGUCUUCUUUGCCAUCUAUCUCUUCCACUAAUGCUUCUUCCCUUUCUGGCUCUAGUACUGUAACUGCUAAUACCCCUGUGGCUUCGAAGAAUAUUCAAGAAAUCUUCACCAUUGAUUUACAAUCUCAAUUGUCAAUCACCAAACAAGAAUAUUCUAAGAUUAUUCAAAAUGUUAAACAAUCAAACAACAAUGUUUCUAUCGAAUCUACUUUAUCUAAGAACUCUCGUACUUUCUUAAUCUCUGGUAAACGUGCCGAUGUUAUCUCUGCUAGAAGAGAUUUGGUCAAGAAAUUGACCAAACCAGUCGAACAAACUUUCACUAUUCCGUCAAAUUGUACAAGAUUGAUCAUUGGUGCUGGUGGUAAGACUAUCCGUGAAAUUUCAGAUUCUACCGAUACCAAAAUCAACAUUGCCAAAGAGGUCAAUAAAGAUUCUUAUGAUGAGGAAUUAUCAGAUACCACUACUAACGUCACUGUUUUUGGUGAUAUCGAAUCUGUUAAUUUGGCAAAAUUGAGAAUUAUGCAAAUUGUCAAGGAGGAUAUUAAAAAUGCAGUUUUGAAAAUUAAUGUCGAUGAUUCAAAUAUCCUUCCAUUUAUUUCUGUUGAACAGUUUGUUUCAAAUGAUGUCUCUGUAACCUUAACUGAUUCUCAAAUCGUUGUCUCAGGUAUACGUGAUGAUGUUAAGGUAGUCAAGUCUCAAAUCUUAACCUACUUAGCCUCGUUAUCCACCGAUAUCAAACAAGAAUCUAUCAAGAUCCCUGCAAAGUUCCAAAUCUUGAUCGACCCUGCCCAAAUCAAAUCUCAAUUCAAUAUUUCUGUUGAAUUAAACGAUGAAACCGGUGUCGCCACUUUCACAGGUCCUGCCAAUAAAAUCAAGGAAGCUAUCACUUUUGCAAGAACUUCUUCUAAAGAAUUCUCUGUUGAUUCUCUAGAUAUCUCCAAAUCUCAUGGCAAAAACCUAAACCACGCUAAAAAUUUGGUUCUAUAUUUAUCUAAGGAUGAUACUACUCUUUUGAAUCAAAUCAAAUUGGAUUUCCCAAAUGUUAAAGUUUCAUUACCAAAGCCAACUACUCUCUUAACCUCCAAAGAUGUUGUAAUUAACAUUUCAGCUAAGACUGAAUUCAUUAAUGAAAUCAAAGGUGCUCGUAAGGAUUUGAUUUCAUUGGUCAACUCAAUCACACCAUUGGACACUUUGACUAUUGAUGAUUUGGAUUAUGAUUUAUUCCAUAAAGAUAUUAAAAGAUCUCUUUCUGCAUCCUCAGAUGUUGUAGGUUUCAUUCAAUUGGGUGAUUACUACCCAACAGAUGAUCAUAUCAUUCUAUUCGCAGUCUCUUCCACCGAAGAUUUCAAACCUUCAGCUGAUGAAAUUCAAUCUUCAUUAAUGAACAUUAAUUCUAUUUUAGACCCAUUAAGAAAAAAACAAGAAGCAUUAACUAUUGAAACUUUCGAAUUAUCUUCCGAUCUUCAAUCUACUUAUUUGUCAAAGGAUUCUGUUACUUAUAAUUUAAUUCUAGAUGAAGUUAAUUCCAUCGAAGGUAAUAAUAUUCAAAUUAAAUUAAAUAAACCUGUUGAAAAUGAAGUUUAUUUGAGAGGUAACGAAAAAGCUGUCAAACUUGUUUCUGCUGCUUUGAAGUCCAUCAUUGAGAAUCCUUCUAUCAAGUCAACUCUAUCUUUUGAAAUUCCUUCCAAUUCAGUUGCAAGAUUGAUUGGUAAUAAAGGAUCCAAUUUACAAAACUUGUCUGAAAAAUUCAAUUGUCAUAUUGAUGUUCAAGAUCAUGACUCUAAUGCAACUGUCAAUUUAACUGGUCUUGAAUAUAAUAUCAAUCGUGCUAAGAUUUAUAUCAUUGCCGAAGCUAAAAAAUGGGCUAACAUUAUCACAAAAGAAUUAAUAGUCCCAACCAAAUAUUUACGUAGUUUGAGUGGUAAAGAUUUUAGUUACCGUAAUCGUUUGCAAGAUAAAUAUAAUGUCAAUAUCUUUUUCCCUAAGAAUGGUGAAACUUUGGUUAUCAUUAGAGGUCCAACUCGUGGUGUAACAAAGGCUUAUGAAGAAUUAAAAGCUUUAUUAGAUUUUGAAAUGGAAAAUGGUCAUCAAACCAUUGUCAAUGUCCCUGUUGCUCAAGUCGCUUUAUUGAUUGGUAAAAAUGGUGAUCAUAUUAAUGAUAUUAGAGCAGAGCAUGGUGUUCAAUUAAAUUUCUUACAAAAGGCUAAUAAUGAAAAAGCUAAAGAAGCAGGCUUCGUGGAAUUAGAAAUUACUGGGUCAAGACAAGCCAUUAAGGAUGCUUCCAAAGAAAUUCAAGAUUAUAUCAAUGAAAAUGGUGAUUUCAUCGCUGAAACUUUGGAUUUGGACCGUAAAUAUUACAGACAUAUCGUAGGUCCAAACGCUUCUACUUUGAAAGCAAUGCUUCAAAAAGCUGGCGGUGAUGAGAUCAAAAGGAAAAAUGUGGAUAUUCCAAAUAGUGAUUCAGAUUCUUCCACCAUUACUAUUGAAGGUCCUGAAAAAUUUGUAAAUAGUAUUAAGGAAUCUAUUAAAAAGGUGUGCCAAGAUGUCGACAACAGUAUUACAAAGGAAAUCGAUAUUCCUUCUGAUAGAUUCGGUGCCUUAGUGGGUCCAGGUGGGAUUACUCGUAACAACCUGGAAACUGAAUUUAAUGUCACUAUUGAUAUUCCAGAUAAAAAUGAUACUCAAGGUAAAGUUAAAAUUAUUGGGUUAUCUGAAAACAUUGCUAAAGCAGAAAAGAAAAUAUUAUCUGAAAUUAUUAGAGACUCUUUUGAUCGCGAAAUCCAAGUUCCUGCUGAAUACCAUGAAUUUGUUUCUGAAAGAGGUUCUUUUAUGCAAAAAUUAAGAUCUGAAUUCUCUGUUUUUGUUAGACAUGGAAAUACUAAUAGAAGAGCUAAUCAAAUUAACCGUAAAAAGAUUGUUAUCCCAGAAACUGCUCGUGGUGAACCUACUCAGGAAUCGAAUACUACUAAAUUAACUUUAGAACAAUAUGACAACUCUUCUAUGGAUGAUAAUGAACCAAUCACUUGGAGAUUAAAUUACGAAAAUAUUGAUUUAAGUUAUUUAGAUGCUGAUGACGUUGAACCAAAGAAAAAUGUUGAUUCAGAAGCUAAGAAGGAAGAAAAUUUAAAUAAAGCUAUUAAAUUAAUCGAAGAUAGAAUUGAGUUAGCUAAAGAAGCUACAACUGUGGGUUAUUUAUGGGCUUCAAACUCUAGAAACUUUAACAAAGUUGUUGGUGCUGGUGGCUCUGGUGUUAGAAAGAUUAAAGAUUCUACAUAUACAAUUAUCCACGUUCCUAGAAAGAAUGACGAUAUUAAUGACGUUAUUUACAUAAGAGGCUCUAAAGAUGCUGUUGAAAAAGCUGCCGAGAUCAUUACCAAGAACUUAAAAUAA